UAAGAAAAUUCCCAUUGUCAUUUAGCUCUAUGUAAAACGACGGCAUGCUCUUGUCGUAGAAGAGAGAAAGUGUUCAGAGGUGUGCGGGGCGAGUUUGUUAGGGGUCGAGCGGGCGGCGGACGGACAUGAACCGGUACGUGGUGCUGCAGCAGCUCGGCGACGGCACCUACGGCUCCGUGGUGCUGGCGCAGCGCCGCGACACCGGGGAGAAGGUCGCCAUAAAACGUAUGAAACGGAAAUACUACUCGUGGGAUGAAGCAAUGAACCUACGCGAAGUAAAGUCGUUAAAAAAACUGAACCACGCCAAUAUUGUAAAAUUACGCGAAGUGAUACGUGAGAACGACACGCUGUAUUUUGUAUUCGAAUACAUGCGAGGUAACUUGUACCAGCUGAUGCGAGACUCCGAGCGGCCGCUUCCGGAGCCGGUGCUGCGCAAUAUCCUCUACCAGGUGUUACAGGGGCUGGCCCACAUGCACCGGCACGGCUUCUUCCACCGCGACCUCAAGCCCGAGAAUCUGCUGUGCGCGGGGCCCGACCUCAUCAAGAUCGCCGAUCUGGGACUGGCGCGCGAGGUGCGCUCGCGGCCGCCCUAUACGGACUACGUGUCGACGCGGUGGUACCGCGCGCCCGAGGUGCUGCUGCGCGACACGCACUACGGUCCGCCCAUCGACCUGUGGGCGUUGGGCUGCAUCGCCGCCGAGCUCUACACGUGUCGGCCAUUGUUUCCCGGAAAUUCGGAGAUCGACCAGCUGUACAAGAUCUGUGGUGUGCUGGGGAGCCCCGAGCGUGGGGAGUGGCCGGAGGGCUUCGCACUGGCGGAGGCGCUGCGGUUCCGUUUCCCCGCGAGCGCCGGGGUGCCGUUGGCGCGGGCGGUACCCGGCGCCUCGGCCGCCGCGCUGGCACUGCUCGCCGCUUUGCUCCGCUACCCGCCCAGAGACCGCCCUACCGCGCCACAAGCUCUACGUUUCCCUUACUUCGCCGUUGGAGUCGCUUUAGGUGUUCCGGCGCCUUCCUCGCGCGCUAGAAGAAGUGCAGUGCGCACGGACGCGGGGCAGGCCGCUGUCGGCGCCGGCGCCGCGCCUACGGCGGCGCCAUCCGCGCGCGCCGACCGCUUUGCAGACAUUCUCGGAGGCGAGGUGGUGCACGACGUGCGCCGCACGGUGGUGGCUGAGGCAGGCGUGCGCGAUGUGCGGGGGCGCGGCGUGGCGGCGCCGGACCCUGCGCCCCACGCGCCCCACGCGCCCGCCGCUGCCGCCGCGGCCUACCUCGGCGCCGCGCGCUACGUGGCGGGGACACGCAUCGACACAUCCCUGUUCCGUCCCAUAUACUUCCGGUCGCAUCGUGAGGCGACGGUAGUAGGCAGCGGCGAGCGUGGCGGCCGCGUUGAUUGGGCCGCCAAAUACCUGCGCUGAGUCGUCAUCUACGGGAGCUGAGCUACCAAGUCUCUGCGCUCAGCCGUCAUGUACCUGAGCUGCGCCACCAAGUACCUGCGCUGAGCCGUGCUGUACCUGCGCUGAGCCGCCAAGUACCUGCGCCGAGCUCAUUGAUGCCUACACGAUCGUUAAUUAAUUUUCUAGAACAGUUGUCGCAGCUUACGACAAGCCUGACAAGAGAUGGUAAAGUUUUCGGAAGGGCACUUACUGCAGGCGGCAAAAGUCCGAUUAUUAUGGCGAUCGGUCGGCGGUGCCUGCAUCUAGCGGCCGACGGCCCGGCUGAGACGCCGCGAGCUCGCACACUCUGUGUCGCAGAUACAUAUCAUUUCUCAUAGAAUAAACAGAGGGGAAUAGGUUUAGAUUGAGGAGAUAAUGAAUAGCAGUCCAACUGCCUCCACUUUACCAUCUUCUGUUAAAAAUUGGCAAAAGUCUGGCUUUUUUAUAUUUCAUUCAUAUUUAAUGUGCGUUUUG